AAUAAACAGCGGCGUGCGCGGUCCAUCUCUCAUCAUUUCCUCCACGAUUCCACCCUCUCGUUCCUCCUCCUCCUCUCCCGGCGCCAUCUUUAUCCAUCUCGACUUCUCCAGGCAGAGCCAGGCGCGAGAGAAUCAGGACCCGUGGCCAGCCUUCCCUGACCGCCUGCUCCUCGCUUGCUGAUACGGGUGAGGGGAUAGCCAUGGUUCAGUGAGUCAGGAGGGGUUCUUGUGCUGCAGGAAAAGGAGCCUCUUUUCAGCGGGAGACAAGAAAGGAGGUCCUUUUGUUUACCCGCGUGCAUCGUUUGAGUUUCUGGAGAGCGCUCUGUGCCUCAAGGUUGAUUGGUUUGAUUGUUUCGUCCAAUAAGCACAGGGAUAUCUGAGCGAAAGUUAGUUCUUCUGGAGGAGUUCAGGACUCCUGAGAUCAAGAUUGCCAGCCUUCUUCGCAGAUGGAGAACGAUAACAGUGAAGUGACGGGUUUAUCUAGGCGCAAAUCUUGCCAGGCUCACAGCUCAAUGUGUAGUGAGCUGACAAUGAUGUUGGAUAAAAUCUCUUCUAUCCUUCCAUCAAUAGAGGCAGCUCGACCAGGAUGUAAAGCGGGUAUACAGGAAUUAUGCAGCCUAUACAAUACAGUUGAGAAAGGGAAACUUAUAACUCUGCACUGCAUCGAAUGUAGUAAGCUCUACUUGGCUAUUACUGGAGAGGCAAUUGUAGCAAGAUGUGAAAGGAUCAGAGACUCGCUUAGGAGGAGUUUGUUUCAUAUUCAGAAUAUGGUUCCACCAGCAUUAGCUAAUCAGAUUGCCGAAGUCCAUAAUGAUCUCCGGGAUGUAAAAUUUGUUCUUGAUCCGAUGGAGGAAGAGGCUGGCAAAGCCAUUUUACAGAUGCUUCGGCAGUCCGACUCAACUGAAGAACUAGAACUUGAGACAUUCCUGCAGGCUGCUUCAAAGUUGGGCCUGUCAUCUCCUAAAGCAAUCUUAAUUGAAAGACGAGCGAUCAAGAAACUACUUGACAAGAUUAGUGGUACUGAUCCCAAAAAGGAGGGGGUCCUUCAGUUUUUUCUGUACCUCAUUAAGAAGUAUGGAAAGAGCAUCAGACCAGACUCUGGUGAACGGAAUGAGAGUUUGCAAUGUGAAAGUCAGUCUUUAACUCCAAGCAUAACUUCCAGUGAUGCCAGUACUUGUGGAAAAUGCUACACAGCAACUGACUUUCAGAGAUCUGAGGAUCACAGUAGAAUGUCUGAAGAAGCUACACCACCUACAGAGUUCUGUUGCCCAAUUUCAACAAAGCUAAUGCAUGAUCCUGUGAUAAUAACAUCUGGACAGACUUAUGAAAGAGAAUAUAUUGAGAGAUGGUUCAAUGAGGGAUAUGAUACCUGUCCCAGGACACAGGUAAAGCUAGAGAACUUCUCGAUGAUCCCAAAUACCUGCAUGAAAGAUCUCAUUUGCAAUUGGCGCAAAGAGCAUGGUUUCACAGUUUCGGAUUUUAUUCCUCCAAGCGAAAAUGCUUACAGUUACUUACCGGAGCAAUUGCAUAAUUACUCUAUGUCAAGUUUGCACAAUGUUUCAGUACCUCUCAUUACUGGAAAAGCCGGCAACUUUGUGAUUGAUCACAGCAGUUCAUCUGUUGCAUUAUCUGAUGCCAGUUAUGUCUCAGAUGCAUCCCAUUCCCACGGAAGGGACAUGGAGGAGCCAAAAGAGAUUUCUCCUUUCUCUUGGAACGCAGAUUAUCAAAAGUAUCUAUCGUUCCACAACUUCAACCAGGACAUGUUCCUGAGGUUCUUUCAUGAGCUGUCCAUGCUCCCAGUAGAACAAGAAGGCAAGUCAAUUAAAGAUUUCAAGAGCAUUCUUGAUUGUGAAAAUGAGGUUUCGUGUGCUAUGGUUUCAAAUGGAUUUGUAGAAGCAUUCCUUGAAUUCUUGAAAAAUGAGAUUGGCAGCUACAGCGUGCAAGCUCAGAAAGCUGGAUUUCAGUUUUUUCUUGCUUUUCUUUCCAGUAGCAGGACUAAGGUCCCAUCUAUGGACGAAGAAGCAUUCUAUCUGAUCACAUCCUUUCUUGACUCCGAGUUAAAAAGUGAAGCUCUGUUGAUGCUGCAUGAGCUGGUUCAACACUCAAAAUGUCCGAAAUCUCAUCUGAUGGCCUCUGUUGUUACUCCUCCGUUGUUCAAAAUACUGGCAUCGGAUGAUGCCGAAGGCCUUGAACUUUCCUUGAAGAUUAUCUGCAAGCUUUCAUCUGCUGCUAAUAUCAAAUCUUACCUAAUUUCAUUGGGAAUAAUCUCAAAACUUGCGCCUAUUUUAACUGAAGGAAGGUUUGUUGAAUGUUGCCUGAAGAUUUUGCGAAAUUUAUGCGACAUGGAAGAAACCACAGUCCUUAUUACGAGAACUGAUCGAUUUCUUGGUUCUGUUGCGGAAUAUCUGGAUACAGGAAGCCCUAAAGAACGAGAGCUUGCAGUGGUUAUUCUUUUAGCAAUAUGUUCCCGUAGCAUCGAGGAUUGUUUACUUGUAAUGAAGGAAGGUGUAAUCCCUGCCCUUGUGGACCUGUCAGUGAAUGGAACUGAUGAAGCAAAAGGUUGUUCAAUCAAGCUACUUCAUCUUCUCAGGGAUAUGAGGCGAAGCGACCAGUUUAGUAACUCAUGUUCCCAAGAAGUGGUUGCCACAGAUGUGGUAGAGGAUGCUCCUGACAGCUCAGUUCACAAGCAGCCGAUAUCAAAGUCAUCUCGGUUUUUCCAAAGAAAGCUGAACAUUUUCUCAAAACCUCGGUCACUUACUCUGUUUUGAUAACUGGUAAAGGGUUGUACGAGUUGGUAGUCCUUGUACGUGCUACAACACUAACCACCUUUUGUACAGAUGUUAGCAGUUGUAUUGUCCAAGUGAAAUGCUUGAUGAGAUGAUAUUUGUUUCAUCCUCAUGUAUUUCAGUAGAGUUUUAUUAGUUGUUAUGGCAUCUUGCUGUGUGUAAAAUUUGUAGGUAUGGUGCAUAUUUUUUCGGUGGAUAGUUAAGUCUUUUUGUAUUCCGCUGUUCCAAGGUAUCUGCAAUGCCUGACAAGAAUGUUUUGUUUACUUGUGUGACCAAUGCAGGAUUCUAUCUGUUCACCCCUUUUUUUCGACAUUCUUAAUUUUGCUUUUUA